UCUUUCGUCAGUUCAGCAUUAGGACACGCAGAGUUAAAGUGAAUUUUCAGUGCAAAUAUGACUGUGACUAAGAAUUCAUUCAAAAUCUACCCAAUAUUCCUCUUGAUGAUGCUUUCUCUAUGGAUAAAUUCAACUCAGGCUGAACCGUUUUUUAAAAAAAUUGGUCACACAAUUCAGUCAGUUAUGCACAUUUGGGGACCGCAAUUUGGAAAUAAGCGCGUUCAUGAUACAUUUAAUCAUCACUGGGCACCACCAAAAAAUGAAAAACCGUGGAAAUGGUGGAAAUCAUGGACAACAACAACGGAAUUCUCAACGGAAUCCUCCACUGAGUCUACAACAGACUGUUCAUCAACAACGGAAUCUUCAACAACGGAAUCUUCAACAACGGAAUCUUCAACAACGGAAUGUUCAUCAACAACGGAAUCUUCAACAACGGAAUCUUCAACAACGGAAUCUUCAUCAACAACGGAAUCUUCAACAACGGAAUCUUCAACAACGGAAUGUUCAUCAACAACGGAAUCUUCUUCAACCACUGAAUCAUCGACAGAAUGUUCUACGACUGAAUCUUCGCACUACUAAUUUGUUCUGUUUUCAUUGCAACACGAAGAUCAGCAAUAUCCACAGCAGGAAACUAUUGAAUUUUUAUCAUUCGUCUUUAACAUUGCAUAAUUAGCGAAUUGAAAAAGAAUAAAGAAUGGUAAUGGGUAAGAUAAGAAAGAUUACUUUAAUUUGUCACUGGGUUGGUUGUUGAGGAGUUUUAUUUGUAUUCAAUAUUCAGUCACGAUUCCACACUUAACUUUUUUGCAAAUGUUGCUAAUUCUUUCAAACAUUUAUAAUUUAUAAACUCCAGAAAACUUGUUGUUGUGUCCUUUCUUCUGGUUUCGCCUUGAGUUUCGAAACCUCACGAUUCACCAGGGCUUUUUAUUUCAUAUAAUAUAAAAUCGAGGAAAUAUAUUUCAAAGAUCAGUUCUUCUUUGAAAAUGGAGUGGAAACGACUGUUUCUGAGCAAUCGCUCGUCUGUAAUUCUUCUUUUGAUCCUUCAGUUGAUUGUUGUUUCCUUGGCGAUGCCAAAACCACAUGAUUGGGAUCAUUGGGACAAUUCUGAAAGCAAUGGAGGAAACAACGGAGGAAACAAUGGCGGAAACAAUGGAGGAAACGGAGGAAACAAUGGAGGAAAUAAUGGCGGAAACAAUGGCGGAAACAAUGGAAAUAAUCCAGGAACUGUAACUGUUCCAGUAAAUCCAGAUCGAUCAGUUAUUGCAACGGAUGCUGUAAAUGACGUACUAAACC